CUUUUAAUUGUUUUCAAAAAAACUAGGUUUCUUUUUGGUUGCUCAUUAGUUUCUACUAUGUUUUGCAACUGUUUUAAUGCAUUCUUUAUUUUUUAGGUCCCCGCACCCAAUCCAGAUGUUGUUGGUGAAAAGUCAGAUGCCAUUCAUACUGAUGAAGAAACUGAGGAUACUGUCUCUGAUACACCUCUGUUGGAUAAGAGGAAGCGUGCUCCGGCCUUGAAAUCUCCAUUUGUUGAUUUCGGGUCUGCUGAUGUUGGGAGCACUCCAAUGGAGCUUAUGUCCUCAGGUUCUCAGUCUGCUGGGGAUGAUAGGGAUUUCAAAAUGGUGACUUAUGUGAAGGGCCUUUAUGCUCUUAAUGAUGCUUUUGCUGAUCCCGUAUCUACCGAGAUUGAGGCAAAAUUUGACUCUUGGAUUGGUGAAGGAUUGCUUAAACAUCCCAGGCAUUAUAAUUGUUAUGAAGACGGCGCAAAGAAAUUUACCCCGGGUUUUAGGCUAGGUGUUGAUUAUGUUGAGGAUAAAACUUGGUUUUACCAUUUGGCCACAUGCGACAUGUUUAUGAACGACUCGCAUAUGAACACCAUAUUCUAUUACCUUCGGAAAAAAGGUAAGUAUUCUUCCGCUGUGACGUUGAAUUUCGCAACCACUGAUUGUCUUUUUGAUGAUUCCAUCCAAGCAUUGUACCACAAAUUUAACAAGGCCAAGUCAAUGAAGACUAAGAUGUCACACAUUCACGCUGCCCACCCAAUUGCGCAUUACAUCCGAGGUAUGCGCAUUCCCUGUUCCAAGCCUUGGUAUGAAGCCGAUCACGUGCUUUUCAUCAUCAAUUUAAGAAGGGAAAGUCAUUGGGUUUUUGGGCGUCUUGACGUGCACGAAAGGACGUUAUUUCUGUACAAUUCUUUGAGAACCGCGAAGAUGAAUGCCGCAGCUAGGAAUGCGAUGAAGGCUUAUUCCGUGUUGUUGCCUUUGUUUUUCGAUUUACUUGGGUUCUGGAAGAAUAGAGCACAAGUUCCUGCCUCAGUUUCUGACCCUACAGCUCCAUUCAGAAUCGUGGAGCUUAGUGGUCUUGCGUCUCAGCAGAAGAAUGAUUGUGGAGCAUAUGUUGCUGCCUUUGCUGAAUUCUUUAUACACGGAAAGGAUGUCCCUGCAGACUUUGACAUCGAAGUUUAUCGAACCCGACUUGCUGCACUUUUCUACUCGUACGGACAAAGGAAAAUUGACGAAAGUAUUGACAGCGAGGAUGAGAAGCAAUCCAAGUCUUCUAAGGCAUCUAAAUUGAAGAAAUAGGAACUUUUAAUUUGGUGGCUCUAUUAUGUUAUUUGUUGAAUCUAUUUACUUGACAAGUUUUAGUGUUGUUGUUUCAAUGUAGGUAUUAUAUUUGAUUUUAUACUAUGUAGCUGGUUUAAAACUUUUAGGAUAUUUGACAUUCACUACUUAUAAUAUCUUUAUUGUAUAGGUUUGUAUUUCCCAAAGUUUUGUGUUUUUUUAAUUGUUCAAGUUCAUAUAUACGGUCGCACAACUAUGGAGAAACUAUUAACCAACUAAAUACAAACUAUGUUUUCAUUUUUCCUAAAUAGUGCUAUGAAUGUAUAUUUAUUCUUCGUA